AUGUCACCUAAGAUGGGUAUCCAGGGGGACCUUGGUGGUUUAUUUAUUGUCUACACUUCUACUCCUCCUUUCCACUCUUCUCUACACUUGACACACGCUUACAUCCACAAUUCCUCCAUGGCUUCUCAAACUCAUACUUUACCUCCUCUCCCCUACGCCUACGAUGCAUUGGAACCCGUCAUCUCCAAGCAGAUAAUGGAGCUCCAUCAUCAAAAGCACCACCAGACAUACAUAAACAACCUGAACGCAGCGAUCUCCGCUCAAGCAUCCGCAGCUUCAUCAAACAAUGCCCCUACCUUGAUUGCAUUGCAACAAAAGCUCCGCUUCAACGGCGGUGGCCAUAUCAAUCACUCCCUGUUCUGGAAUAAUCUGACUCCUCCCGGAACACCUGGAAAUAACAUCGACAGCGCACCUACUCUACGCAAAGCCAUAGCCUCUCGUUGGGGCACGCAGGACACGUUUGUCGAGGCUUUUAACGCCGAGCUACUCAAUCUUCAGGGGAGUGGCUGGGGAUGGCUGGUGAGCAAGGGUGGUGCCAAGGGACAACUUGAUAUUGUUACGACUAAGGAUCAAGACCCUGUCAAUGGGCCUAAUGUGCCUGUCUUCGGUGUGGAUAUGUGGGAGCAUGCCUACUACCUCCAGUACCUGAACAACAAGGCUGACUAUGUCGAGGGGAUUCGGAGAAUCAUUCACUGGGCAGAAGCAGAGAAGCGCUAUGCUUCUGGACUAGAGAGCUUGCUGAAACUGUGA